AUGUCCCAGACGAGCCACUGGCCGGAAUACAUGCGUCUCGAAGAGGCCGUCCAACGCGAAGACGAUCUCUUUGGGCCGCUCCUCGCUGAGUCCAUCAACCUGUACUCCUUCCCGUCUACCUAUUCGCAUGGCCAGGACGAUGUGUUCCUCGAUUUGGACCCAGAAACAGCCGCCCUGUUCCAUCCCGCCCCUAUCGACCUGCCCGACCUGGACUUCACCCUGCCAACAUGCCCGUCCACCCCGGUCAAUGCCGUCGCUCCUUCCUCACCCCUCUCCAUGUCGGCUGCCAUGGCGAGGAACGGCGGCGCAUGCCCCCGGUGUGGGGCCCACCGAAGCCAAGGUCGGACAGACGGCAAAGGAUGGGCAGACUUCGACACGCGGCUGGUUCGCAUGGAGGCUACUAUGAACGACACAGUGUCGACUCUGGCCCGCAUGGAGGCCACCAUGAAUGAGACUGCGUCCGCCUUCCAGAGCCUGCUGCCUCGUGCCUACGGCGCAAUGCAGAACCUGAUCGACAUUACCAUACUGUUUGACGAGAGUAUGGAGAAACUGAAGCGGUCCAUGGGCUUGUUCACGCGGGGCAUUGUCGAGCAUUUCUUUGGGGACGCGACCUUGGCUGACGCGGAGACAUUCAACUCAUGUGAUCCGUAG